AUGAAUAGGAUCCGUCAGAAACUAAUUGCACAGAUCCAGCAAGCUUCUCCACCAGAGAUCAUAGGCAUUGACGCGAUUCUUGAAGCUCAAAAAGCACAACAACAACAACAACAACGGGAAGAAGAAGAUGAAAAUGAAGAAAACGAGAAAGAAGACCAACAGAACAAAAGACCAGAUGAAGAUAGUCAUAGCGAUCUGAUAACCACUAUGACAACCAUGUCAAUGACACGAGGAUACAUUCCAGAUCCAAGGUUGAUAACUCACAUCAUUCCAGGAACACAGGCAACACCGCUGGACAUGUCCUCGUAUAUUCAGCAUGUCUUUGAGCAGGCCUUAGAUGAGAUCGGGCUAAAGGAAUCGAUUCUGGAAGCAUUGCAAACCAUUCAUGAAUUGAAGGAUUCCGGUCAGGAUGAGUUACCGACGCUCCUGGACCAACAACUGACCAAUAUGACUCUGUUGUGGGAGUUGGAGCCUUAUACAGAAACAGUACCGGAGAGACUUUCGGUGGAAGAGAAGCUCGGGGUAAUGUCAUGGCAAUUGGAGAUCACGAAAUAA